UCACAUCGUUGACUUUCCUCUACCCACCUUGCUCAUUUUAUGAAUUUCAUUAUUUUGUGACAUUUAAUAAGUUGGUGUUUUAGGUUAGAAUUUUGUUACUAACGUUAUUAAAUCAAAUUGACAAAUGACAGCUGUCAUCAGCCUCAGUUGACAAGCCCAAUUUUGCUAGACAUGUUGACAAUUUGACAUUCAUCACGCCAUCUUUAAGUCCGAGGACGCCUGAAUGUUGCUAUCUUUUGCUAAUUAAAAAUUCUAACUAACUUCCUUUAGUUUAAAAAUUGUGUGUUCGAUAAAUUAAAUCAUGGAUCUUCUUGGCUCCAUUCUUAGUUCCAUGGACAAGCCUCCAAGUAUAAGUGACAAGCAAAAGGCGUUGAUUAAAAAACAAAAAGAAGAACACGAGAAGCGUAAAAAAGCAGACGCAGAGAAACUCAAGAAAUUUAAGGAACAUGUCGAAGAACGAAUUGACAAGUUUCUCAAAGACGAUGCUGCGAAAGAGUACAAAUUUCCACCGAUGGAUAAUGUUUUUAGAAGUGUAAUACAUGAUGUCGCAGAAGUAGCAAAUGUUUGGGCGUACUCGUUUGGAGAAGAAGGCGUCGAUAGGUACAUUAUGCUUUUUAAACGAGAACAUGCCCCUUCGGAAGAUCAGUUAAAUACGUUACGUAGAGGUGACGAAUGGAACGAGGAAGUGGGCAAAAGGAUGCAAGAGGACAGAAAACGAGUCGCACAAGAAGAGCAACAAUUAGCGAUGUCCAAAAAAAAAAAGGACAACUUUGUUCCUACUACUUUCUACAAAGAUAAAUAUCAACACUUGAUUGGAAAAGAUGCUGCCUUGCAAGCUGCUAGAAAAACAGAAGCAAAUAGCAGUUAUGGAUGUGUUCCCAGCGAGAAUAAGAAGGACCAGAGGAGUAUAGAACAAACUUUGGCUGAUAUUCGUGCAAAGAAAAGGAAACUGGAUACUACAAAUAUACCAGCCAAACCUGACGAGGCUGUUACGAAAUGAUGAAAAAAAAUUGGAUUUUACACUAGAAAUAUUUAAUUCUUAUUUUACAACAAAUUCUGUAAAUAUUUAGGACAGUAUUUGCGAAUCAGUUAUAGUUAAUUUACGUCCAAACCUAGUUGUUGCUACAAUUUAUUGACGUUUGGAUAUAGCAAUCCAAUAUUGAUUGGCGAUAGAAUGAGAUUAAGCGUAGACAAUAAAUUUAGUUGAAUUAUUUCAUAUUAUGUACAAUAUAUUACAUUA